ACAUUAGAUCAACUAUGUGAAAAUCUUAAGAAAUAUCCAACUAGUAGAAUGCAACCCUAUUGCAGUAAAGAAGCAACAUUCAGAAUCAACGUAGAAACUUAUAACAAAAAGAUACCUCAAUCACAUAGGGAGCAUUAUUAUGAGGCACUUUCAUUUUUACCAUUUAAAGGAAAAGUUGCUUUGGAUAAUCCAGAAAAUCAGUUUUCUCUUGUCCUGGACUUUGGGCAAGAUACAAAUGUAGCAGCUGAAACGCCUUGUAGAUAUUAUUUUGGACGUUUGAUUGGUAAAGGACAACGUCACUUAUGUCAGAAAUACUCUUUGAAGGAUAGGUACUUUAUUGGUAAUACAUCAAUGGAUCCAUUGCUAUCAUUCUUUAUGGCUAAUCAAGGACAGGCACGACCAGGAACACUGGUGUUUGAUCCUUUUGUUGGGACGGGCAGUACUUUAUUAUCAUGUGGACAUUUUGGUUCAAGAGUGUUUGGUAGUGAUAUUGAUAAAAACUUGAUAACAGGAAGAGGGAAGUCAUCACGUGCUUCAAGCAAGUGCAAGUGGAGAAAAAGAGAUGAAAUAAUUCGCACUAAUUUCAUUAAUGCUGGCUUGGAGCAUUUGUUUGUGGAUGUUAUGGUGGCCGAUGCUUCCAGGCAAGUACUUCGACCAACGCCUAUCUUUGACGCAAUCAUCACUGAUCCUCCUUAUGGAGUCCGUGAAGGUGUUCGCAGUCAAAUAUCUGAAAAAGAACUUACUGAGAAUAGAUCAGAUGCAGAGCUUGGUUAUCCAUCGAUCCAUCUUGGACGGUUAUCAGAUAUUAUACUAAGUCUACUGCACUUCUCGUCACAGUAUCUCUGUUUAAAUGGUCGGCUUGUAUUUUGGUUACCUGUCUACAAACCAAGUUAUUCCGACAGCAAAGUCCCUCAUCAUCCAUGCUUUCGACUUGUGGCAAACAGCGAGCAAAACUUAUUCACGAAUAUCUCCAGACGCCUUCUUACCAUGGAAAAGACACACGAGUACAAUAAGUCUGUGACUAUGGACUCACUCCGUGACAAGAACAGAGAAUUUGAAAUAAUGUGUGAUAAGUUUAGAGAAAAUUAUUUUAUGCCGUCGAACUCCAGCUGAUAGAUAAAACUGCGAAUAAAAAUUAAAUCAACAUUCAAAAAUC